AUGGCGGAUGGCGUGGGCGCGGGAGAGAGCGCGGCGCGCGGGGCGGCACUCGAGCGCGCUUACGUGCACGAGGUGUACGAGCAGGCGGGCGACGACGACGCGCCCAGCGCGCCCGCGCCCGCCGUCACGUCCUUCCUCCAGGACCUCGACCCGGGGAGCCUCGUGUGUGACGUUGGUUGUGGCAACGGUAAAUACCUGAGCGUAAAUCCUUCUGUCUUCGCGGUGGGCGGUGACAGGUGUUCGAGGCUAUCAUCGCAAGCGCAUCAAAGUAAUAAUGAGGUGGUCGUUUGCGACAACCUCAGUUUACCAUUCCGUGAUGAGUCAUUCGACGCGGUACUAUCGAUUGCUGUGGUCCAUCACUUCGCGACGGUGGAGCGGCGGGCGAUGGCUCUGCGAGAGCUUGCAAGGAUCACGAGGAUCGGUGGAAGACUCCUCCUCACUGUUUGGGCCAUGGAGCACGAGGGACGAAAUUUCCAUUCUCAGGACGUUCUUAUACCAUGGCACAGGCCAGUGACGUUGUGUCCUCCACCACCAGCACCAAGAUUUCUUUCUGUUGAACAUGACCAAAGCGCUGAACCAUGGAAAAGUCGCGAUGGCUCACCCGGUUCUUCAUCCCUAUCGUCACCAAACGAAACGUGCUAUUCGUUCGUAAGAAGAGCAUUACAGCGACUGGCCGGUCGACGAUCUUUCCUGCCAUCUUGGCACCUUGGUACACGCGUUAACGUAAGACCCGGACCGCGAGGUCAACCAGAACCCCCAGCAGCUGAUCUUCCAAUAGAAUUACGGAGAUUAGAUGAAGUUCUACCUCCUAGAUUAAUCGCACAACCCUCAGAAUCUUCUACUUUAAAAUCCAGGAGUCUCACAGAUAUAGCUGAUGUAGAACGACAUUCGAUGGUCCGAUCAAGAUCGAGUUUACCAAGUCUUGGUGGGGAUGAACACGAAACUCCAGUAAUACAACCACCACGAACCGAUACUCCGGAACAGCGUAAGAAACCAAAACUCGUUAAACAAAAGAAGUCUAUCAAUGAAGAUGAUGCUGAGGAGGACCUCGACAAACCGACUGACAUGAAGAGCUUAGUUGAAGAAAUGCCUAAUUUCAAAGUACACACGUACAAGAUGCAAUCAAAGAAGCCCGGAGUUUUCAAACAGACGUCUCUGAAUGAAGAACUUAUGUCCGUUGAACGAUUACGGGAAAAAGAGCGCUUGAGAAAGAAUAUACAGAAACAAGCAUCACUUAAUGAAGAAUAUUUAUUUAGGAGACCUGGAGCUUUUGAUUCAAUACGGGAUUCAAUUUUUUCGACUUCAGCCACUACUGCAAAAAAGUUUCAGUCCUUAAAAAAUGGUCUUACGAAUAAGUUCAAAACUUCUACAACGAAUAUAGAUAAGGUUACAGUGUUUGUAAGGAUGUUACAAGGUUGGAAGAAUCAUGGGCCAACCCCAGAAGUUCCAACCACACCUAGUGACAAUAAUUCCAACAAUGAGAAGAAUUGUCCCGAGAGAAGACAUUCAAGAGAAGAUGGUUCAGAUUCCUCUAAAGAUAGCAGUCUACAAAGUGACACAAGCGUGGACUCAGAGGAUAGUUUUGCGUCAGUUAUUUAUGUGCCUAAAGCGGAUGGAAGCGGUGAUCCUCUAUCGCCGACUCCUUUAUCACCAGGUCCAACGUCCCCUCGCUUAAAAGUAUCCUCAGUACCCACUUCACCUCGCAUGAAAAACUCACCAGGAUUACCUUCUCCAAGAAUAAAGCAAGCUUUUCCAUUAAUUAGGCCGCCUUCUUCUCCUAACGCAGUUCAAGCAGCUGCCAAUUUCAAUAAAAUACUCGUAGCUCAGUACAGUCUAAAGAACUAUUCUACCACUAACAAUAUGCCGCCUAUACCAUUGAAGCCGCAAUCAAAAAGUCAACCAAAUUCCCCACCAAAGCCUGAAGAAGAAGAGAAAAUUUUAAAGGCACCUAUCGAAGCUUUGCCGGUGAUGAAUAAAAUUAUGCCUAUUUCAGUGCCGGAAAUUUAUGAAGAGGUUGACCUAAUACCGCCUAUUAAAGAAGAGGACGAAAAUCCAUCUGAAGUAACACAAGAACUUAUUGCCGAAAUCAACAAGGACAUCGAGGAAAUUCAUAAACUCACUUUAGAAACGAAUGACUUAGAACCACGAAUUUUGCAAGACACUAAACCGUAUCCGAAAAUAACACUGCAAACUGUAGCCGAGUUGCCAGAAAUACCACAGUACAAACCUAAAGAAAUUAAUAAAUCUCCGGUAGCUGAUAUAUCAGAAUCACGACUAGCGGAUAAAAAGCGAAAAGAGAGGAUAAGGCAAAUAAAAGAUAUGCUGAAUAAAGGAAUACCAUCAAUAAGCAUUAGUAGAAGACCUCCAUUCCCAAUCGUUCGUACUACAGGGAAAUCUGAACCGAUUGCGAAGAGUCACCCAAAGCUAAUGUCAUUGGAGUUAUUUAAUCCAGCUGUCGAUGACAUGGAUAGCGAUUCGAGCGGAGUUUCAUCCCCAGAUUCUGUAGACAGCGUAAUUAGUGUCAUACCAGAGGAACUUCGAAAAACUGCUAUCGAAAAAGAUUUGUCAUCGUCAGAAUUACAAGUGAAGAAGGAUAAAGCUGUAGUUGACGAGAAGUCACCUUCCACCGCAAACAACCCACAAAAUCUUUUAGAAGCCGUUGUCGAGGUCGCACAAUCUUUAGACGAAACAUGUGAAACUGUUAUUCAAUCAAGUCCCAGGUCAAAACGAAAACAUCUAACGAAAAUAGAGAGCUCUGAAGCAAUGGCUAUAGUACAGGGUGCUUCGAGCAGUAGUAGUAGUAGUAAUUGGAGUUUAAAUAAGCUCUCUCCUGGCGAUCUCAGAAUAUUAGAAGAUAAAUCAAGAUCAACGUCGCACACCAGUUCUAGCGGAAGUUCUUCCAGUUUAGAACGGCUUUCACCUGGUAGGCGGUCCAAGGAUCGAUCCCCUAAGCUAGGAAGUACAAACAACUCGACGUGGAGCUUAAACAGGCUUUCGCCAAACCGACCGGAAGGGCGAUCACUAGAUGAAAACUAUACCAAGAGCCAUCGUAGUCCCACGCGGUUGCCGUAUGAUUCAAUUUCGAUGUCAAGCACAGACUCUGAGAAAUCGAUUUCGAAAUCUGAAAGCUUUAACAGAAUACAAGCGAACGAACCAUUAGUAACGUGCAAAUCAGAUAUGAUCGCUAAAGACGAAGAUUGGGUAGAUCAGGAUCGUAACCAACAUUUAACGGAGUUUGCAGAGAAAUUAAGUGAGAAACUAUUACAAGAAAUUGAUCAAUAUUCCAAACGCAUAAAUGAAGAAGAUUUUGAUCUCCCAAGCAGUAGCAGUAGUGAGAAAAGUAUUUCACUCAGGUUGAAACGUGAAGAGGAGGACAGAAAUACUCAAAAAAUAUUAGACGAGCUUUCUGACAGCUUACAACAUCUAGAAGAUCCUUUCCUAACUAAAGGUGGCAACGAUACCCCGUGCAUUGGUAAAGUCGGUGAAAAAACAAAAUAUGUCACUUGUCUACAAGACACACAAGAAAUGGAUAUAAAUAAAUUAUUUCCUAAAUGUAGCACCAAGAGCAAGAGCAAGAAAAAAUCAAAAGACGUCGACCCGAUUAUUAACAAAUACAGGGAGCUCAAAAAAACUAUGAAAGUUACGAGCGAAGAAGACAUAUUCUUAAAUAAUUGUGCCAACAUACAAUAUAAUGUAAAGCCACUGACGGAUGAGAAAUUACCUGAAAUGACAGAUUUUAAAAAUCCAGACGACGAUAGUGCAAUAUCAUCCAGCAAUGGUAAUCCAGAGAUAACGAUUGACUCUGGGGCGUACGACACCAGUCAAUCGUUAGAAACUGGUUAUUCAUUAGAAUCUGAAAUAAGCGUAGACUCACUAUGUACGAGCACAGACAAAAGGUCGUCUUUAAAAGUGGGACAAUCCACAGAUUCUAGUGACUUAGAUAAAAUGGAAAUAAGUCCCGAAUCGAUGACCUCUCGUUCUAGCACAAGCACAGCGCCACUGAAAUCUGGUUUCUCUAUCGAAUCCAGCGAUACUUCAGCAGGUAGCGAUUGGAGCCGUAGGGAUAAAACAGGAAGUACUGCUUCGCUCGGAUGUGCCAGUUUGGCUUCGCUGCCAUCUUGUAGCGAAUGCUCCAAGGAGAGGAAGUUUCUGGAGACGCGAUCUUCGUCUGAAGACACCGCAACGAUGCCUGCGAUUCCAACUCGAUUACCACACGCCCCGCUUCUGCCCUCGUUAAGCGAUGGCUCAGACAGUCUUCCAUCAGAAGGCGGAGCGGUCACGUACCAUAGAUAUUACCACGUAUUCAAAAAGGGCGAGCUGGAUCAGUUAAUCGAGAAGUACGUGGAGAGCCUUCACGUAGUAUCUUCGUAUUACGACCAGGCGAGCUGGUGUGUCAUCGCUGAAAAAGUUCAAGUGUGGACUAUUUAA